CGUGAUAAUUUGAUCAUUUUGUUUUUUGAUGUUUUUUUUUAUGCAAAUGUUGUAUUUCCCUUUAAACGGCCGUGCGCCAGCUGUUGACUUCCUGUGAAUGCUUGGGUACGCUAGGUAUAUGUAUGCAUUACUGUCCCAUGACAGAGCUGGCACUCAGGUGCUCCCUGUGACCUAUGGGUUCUAUGCACGACAGAUUCUAGUCCGCGAGCUGCACUUUUGAGGGUUGAAAAUGAUCAAAGUUUUAUCGUGUUUUUCCAGCACCAAUGGACACCAAACAUUGAACAGCUCAGUGGAAUGAUGUCUACUCUACAUUAAUAGCCCUUAAAUCAGUCCUUUUCAUGAAAUUAUGACAAAUGCAAAUGAUCCUAGGUACCUUUAAAGUAUAUCUUUAAAACCAUACAAUAAUGCACUUUGAUUUUUUUUCCAAGAGAAACAUUGGGAGGAGGAUUUUUUAAAGGUCAUAUAAGUUGGCGUUCGUGCAUGGUCAUUUUAUAACAGGCUUUGAAAGAUUAUUCAGAAUGGCCAUUUUAUUUUCAUAAGAGAAUUGUAGAACUAAAUUUAUAAUUGCAUUAAUCACUGAUGUACAAUAUUGAUAGCAGUGUUGUACUAAUGUGUUUUUGUGAUAUUAGCUCCGUCCAAUUGGAUUUUUAGAGACUGAAGUAACUUUCUGAGUUAAUCUCCCUGUGCUAUGGUUGAGAUUCAACUCCAAAAUAGAUUUUGCUUUAAAAAAAAAAUUUUGUUCUAGCAAAAGAAAAGUUAUUCACUUUUGAAUGAGACAUCGAUCAAAACAAAUCCAGCCAUGUUUAGUAAUGACAUUUUUAAUUUUACAAGUUUUGAAUUAUUUGCGUCCCAACAAUGAUUCAGGCGUAUCUCUUUGUGCUUUAUUGGCCAAAAGCAUCCUAAAACAAAAGCAUUAUUUUUAAAGGGUUGAAAACAUCCAAAAUAACAAAAGGUGUCAUUUUCUGUUUAAACAAAACAUACAGGUUGAAAAUUUGUUUGGAGAUAAAAUUGACUCUGUUGAAGAGCACAGAAAGAACAACUUUGAAAACAAAUGUACAUUAUCUUCAAUCAUUCCAAAAAAUAGUAAGUUUUUCAAGCAAAUAAUCCUUUCUGCCAACUUUACCUCAAAGAGAAAAUAUUUUUAAAAACAUUUCGAACACAGGAAUAACCUCUGUGCUUGGAAAGUGCUUUUUAUUUCAUUGAGGGCCAAACAUUUAUGAAUUGUUUGUGAUUUCUUUUUUGAUGUGUGCCGUGUUUCUUAAUUUGUACUUUUGGUUCACUUUCAAUUUUUUUAAAGUCUUAUUUUAUAAAGCUUAUGGCAUUGUAAUUUAAAAAAAAAAGGAAUAUUCAAAUCUACCAUGUAUUCAUGCUUCCAGUAUGCAAUUGGUGUGCCAAUAUUUAUAGCAAUGUAUUUUUGUACAAUUUCUUGUUCUGCAUUAUACUUGUGUAAUAUUGCAAUUAAUAAAUUGUAUUAUAUUCAGUAAAUGUUCCAGCCGUUGUCAAUUUUCAACCAAUUUUGAAUUAAUUUCUGGAACAUUAUUGCCGACUGCUUCCGUUUCUCUUUAAUUUUUCUUAUUAAUUUUUCUUAUUAAUUAAGGAUUAAAAGUGACCUUACGAUUAAACAUUUACAUGCAUGGGAUUUGUUGGUUUCAACGAACGAACUUAAUUCAGGAAUUAAUUGGUGAAACAUAAGUGAAACAUUUGUAAUUGUAUUGAUUGGUAUUUUUUUGUUUUGUUUUAUGACUAAUCUGCUCUCCAUACCAAAACUUUCGUCCAAUGACCUCCAAGCCAUUGACCUCUUAUCAAGUACUGUUUCAUGUUUGACGUGAGUGAAAUCAUAAAACAGUUACGUUUCACGGAACCUGUUGCGCUAUUUAUAGAUGCGCUUCCGGGUUAGGUUAAUUCCUGGUACACGAUUUUUCACGUACGUGGUUUUGGCAUUAUGCAUAUGGUUUGGGGAAGUCGUUCAGAAAAUAAUACUUUGUUAGACGUGAAUUCUUCACAGCUGAAUCAUCGGCUGUGCGGUGAUAAAAAGACUGCUAGUUUGGGAAAUCCCCCAAUUUUUACGAGUGGAACUUUGCUGGACCAGCAGUCGAUGGUGUGCUGAUGUGUAAUAAAUUGUUGUGAAUCAACCACCUGCCACGCGCUUAUACAAGUUGAUCUACUUUAAUAAUUUAUAUCCUGGACGAGCGGAUUCGCUGCUGAGAUCACAAUCUUUCACGGAGCUGUAAGCCAACCGCAUGUGUGUGCCAAUGCCUUCCUCACAUGUGGCUGGUGGAGUGUAACACUAGAUGAAUGUUCCACAAGACAAUCGAUUUGAAGUGUAGUGGGGAUAUUUUUGAAGAAAGAAAUGAGUUUACCUCGGGAUCACAGGGAACGUCUUCAGGAUGAGGAGUAUCUUUUCUUUUUACACAAUAAGGUAUUGGAAGAUAACAGAGAUUUCCUUUGUCGAAACGGAACGAUCAACCCCAAGCAUCACUACCCCUACCUGCGCUCCAAGGGCAUCCUGAACAGAGAGAUCUGCGAGGAGAUCAAUCACGUCGUCGGGCCCACGGCCCGAGCCAACCGAUUCAUCGACGAGCUACAAAGGAGCGGGGGGCCCAAGGCACUGACCUGCUUCCUUGAAUCCCUGCGGAGAGACGGAACGCAGAUUUUCGUUCUGAAACGGCUGAACAAAGAUUUGGAGAAUCUGAGGCAUAACCCCCUCCCAUGAGCCCCAAUAGAAAGUAACAGUGUGUUUCAUCCUCAACAGUCCAGAGAGUUUGAGGAAUCUUCCAUUGCUUCAGAGGGGGAUGUCUCCACCAGCCCCCUGGAAGAGGAACCCCAGGCUAAUACCUCCACGCACCCGCUACGUCCGGGGGACCCCGGCGCACCCCCACUACCAAGUUUUGAGAGCCUGGCAAAGUGCACACACAAUCAAGUUCCACCAAGCGAAGAAACUAAACCUACAGCUCCUGAAUUGACAGAGCACUGACAAGGCAACUGCCAGCUCACAUAGGCCUUUGUACAUCUGUGUAAAUUUCUGCAGGUCUUCCUGAUUUUUGUGACGUCUAAACGAAGUUUUGGAAGACACCUACGUAUGACCGAAUGACCGUAUACCCGUAUGUUAAAGUUUUGGGGAA